GCCAGCAGGAGAGCAGACUGAGCACAGAGCCAGAGCGAGAGAGGCGGAAGAGGAACGGAGGUAGAUCUCUCACUGAAGUUUGAAAAAUCUUGUAAGGAAUACCAAAGAAAAGACCACCUGCUUUCAUUUCCUUGGGCUACUGAGGAACAAGCGAUGAACAUGCAGAGGAUUUUCAACUCCACCACCCCAUUCAAGGAGCUGAAGGGUGGCUCAGUGCUGGGGUACCAGUGCCCAGGGGAGGAGACAAGCUCCAAGUGGAUGGAGGGAAAGCAGGACCUGACGGUUCCCUCGGUCAGGUUGCUGCUAACGCACGGCUCCGCCAAGCAGGUGUGCGCCGGGGACCAGGAGAUGGAGAAGCGCUUUCACCUGUCCAUCAUCGCCCAGGCCAGUGAUGGACCACAGGAGUUCACCCCCACCAGGACAGAGCACAGCUUCAUCAGAUCUGUCUUCAUUAACAAACACAGGCCCUUUGUGGGGCACCACGGAUUGCACAACAAUGUGGCUUGCCCAAUGGCCCGGGAGGAGGACCGUCCGGCACCAGAGAACUCUCAACCGCAGAAGAGGCGCAGGAGACAGAGGAGGAGAAGGCGUAGGGAGAAUGAGCAAGAGGGAGAGAGGGAGAGGACGCAAUCGGUAGUCCCAGAGCAGGAGAGCAGCAGCUCCUACAGCCUUGAGCGUGUCCAGAAAGAGGCGCUAGAUAGCGACAGCUUAGGGGUGCAGGAGACCGAGUCGCCAGGAUCGGUGGAGCCCGAAUUACUCCUGCCCUGCUGCGAUGAGCUCCCUCUGGGCUUCCUACACACCACCUUGACCUGGGGGAGCCCCAGCCUCUCCCUAUGCAGCCAGGAGAGUGGGUCAGACUCCAACCUCGACCUGGAGGUGUGUGAGCUGGGGGUGAAGGCUCUGCGGGGCUCUGUCAGCCAGGAGGAGCGGUGCUUCGCUGCCCCCCUCUUUAAAGCGCUGGAAAUGGAGGCUGCGGAAGAGAAGGAGGGCGAUUCCUACGUCAACGAGGGCAUCCUCUUCCACCCUGAGGAGAAACUCCAGGCGAAAGACUUUGAAUACAGAGAGGGUCAAGAAUACACCCGGCUUAACCCCAUCCAGAAUGGAUCUUUUGGGGAUGUUUACCGCAUGCGGGACAACAGUACCGGAUUCACGUGCGCUGCCAAAAAGAUACCCUUGAACCUAUUCUGCAGCGAGGAGGUGGGCUCGUGGAGUGCCCUGAAAUCCCCUUGGGUUGUGGAACUCUUUGGCGUUGUCCGAGAGGGCCCAAAUGUCACCCUCUUCAUGGAUCUCAAAUCAGGUUCACUUGGUGGGCUGCUGAAAGACAGAGGCCGGUUGCCAGAGGACCUGUCUCUGCACUACCUCUGCCAGGUUCUGGAAGCACUGAAGUACCUCCACAGCCGACGAGUCUUGCACAUGGACAUCAAAGCGGACAAUGUGCUACUUUCAGAGGAUGAGAAGGACAUAUUUCUCUGUGAUUUUGGACACUCUGAGAGACUGGACCUGAAUGGGCAGAGCACCAAAGUCUACCGAGGAGAAGGGUUCCAGGGCACAGAGACCCACAUGGCUCCAGAGGUGGUGAAAGGAGAGUGCCAUUGUGACAAGGCAGAUGUGUGGAGCAGCUGCUGCAUGUUACUGCACAUGCGGAAUGGAUGCGACCCCUGGACCCGCAACUACGCCCAUCCACUGUGCCUCAAGAUUGCCAAUGAGCCACCGCCUCUAAGUGAGAUCCCUUCCGACAGCCACCCGUACACUGUGGACAUCUUUACCGCGGGACUGCAGAAGGAUCCAAAUAUAAGGGCUUCAGCCGCUGAGCUUAAGGAGAAAACCACUAGAGCCUUGAAAGAGGUGGGCGGACUCACCAGCCCCGUGAGAGGAGCCUAUCAGGAGCCAGUGAGCAUCAGGUCUGCUCAGAGGCGUGCUGUGAGGUCCAGGUCCAUCCCCUCGCCCCCUCGCACACCCAGCCCCGCCCCAUCGGCGGAGGCGAGGCCGGAGCAGAGGCUGCUGUGGGUGAGCCCCUGGAGAGAGAACGCCCACCACGAGGAGUACAGUGAAGACGAGGAGGAGGAGUAUGAGGAAAAUGAGGAGACUGGGGGCGAGGAGGAAGAUGACACGGAGUGGGAGACCUCACUCAGCGAGCGCCUUCGGCCUUCCUUAGCCUGUCGCUCCAGACAUGAGAAAUGGGAGCAGGUAGACAGUGCCUCCACAGUGUCAGAGCAGGAGCUGAAGAAGCUGAGCAGAGUCUUAAUCCUCGAUAGCCUGUCCCAGCCACACUCCCCUGAAGUGCUGCUUUCCUGUCUGAGCAAUGACUGCCCCGACCAGAGAGACCCUGUGGACAAGGACUCUGCCCGCUGGUCCAUGAACAUGCAAGAUGACCUCAGCUCUGGCGUCUUCUCUUACAAUAGCCAGACAGACGGACAGAGCUUCAACAUGGACUUGCUGCUGCCUGUGCAACAUACACCUUCCCGCUGCUUUGCGGGGGUGGACGUGUGGAUCGAGAACUUUGACGGCCAGCGCCUGCGAAUCCGCGAGAGACCCAAGGUGAAGGUGGGCCACGUCGCCAUCGGGAUCAGCGAGCAGAUCUCAGAGACGGCAUUCAGCCUGGAGGCGCUGGAUGGGCAGCAGGUGUCCCAUGAUGAGGAGGUGCAGGAUCCGGGCCUGUUCCUCCGCUGCACCCCCGCCCCGGAUGGCAGCCCCCGCUGGCAGUGGAGGAUCAGAGAGGGGAGGCUGGAGGUGCGCGAGUGACUCAAACUUCCAUCAGUGCGCUCAACUCAAUCAGCUGCUGUUUUACAACAAAAGACUUAUUUUGCGAUGCCUACGUCUAAGUAGAGGACUUCCUUUGGAGGAAUAUUUCUGAGGAAGACACUGAAAACACUGUUGACUCCACAAUAGAGGCCAUUUUCAGUGACGUGACCCAGUUUUAUAUCUGUGAGAAUGAUGAUGGUGAUAUUGUCAUAAAAUGUGAAAGGGAAUUUGUCCAGUGUUGUGGCUGCGGCUCCAUUGUCUUUCUAACUGCACAAGCCACAACUACAAUAAUCCGUAUCUAGUCAAAACAGAACAUUUUUUCAGUGAGAAGAAAAGCUUCCACUUUCACUGUGUUUCAGCUUCUGUAACUUUAUGUGAGUAAUUCUGACUGACACAAAGGGCUACCUUUCAGAAGACUAUGCCUGUAGUCAAAGGGGUUCAAGAAUAGUAACUAUUUCAUUUUGGGUAUGUCAUUUUCAACCUUCAGUUCUGUUUUUUUCAAAUUUAAGUGCACUUAAAGCAUCCUACCUAUGAAAUGCCAUGGAACAUGUUAAAUGCCUAUGGGCAUGUGACAUAAAGGGGGGGCAGGCAGGGGAGGAAGCAGGUGAAGAGGAGGGGUAGGUACAGGCAGCCAUCUUGUGUUUCACUACAGUAGAGCUGAUGACAGUGAGGUCGCAUGCCUUGUGGUAAAAAGGAAAAAUUAAAGGAUUUGCUGAUUCUCCUGGUCAGCUCCUGGUGCAAAAAUGAGUUGGGCUGUUUGGUCUGUUUCUCCUCCAUAUCUCUCCACUGCCUGCUCUACCAUACUACUGUAUUCGACUACCACUGUCUUUAUAAAGUCAUCAGGGACACUUUUAAAUUCACUGUGUACAAGCCGUUGUUGUGUGGCUGCAUUAAAAUAAUAUCACAAUACUG